UGUGGCUGCAAAGAAUAUUCUCACCUCCACUUUUCCUUCAGGAAAUGUCUUACGCACUCUCCCCCACUUCGCGCUCAUCCCCUCAAAGUUUACAUACAGAGAAGUUGUCUUCGAAACCCUCACAUUUCUCUGAGUUCAAAGAGCAGGCUAUGCUGGGCAGCACUGUUGAGCGGCCACAGCCCAUGGGGAGCUGUGGAAGGUGUUCCAGACUGAAGGAAACUAUCUGCCAUUUGGAGCAAGAAAAAGAGGAAGCUCUGAAGGAUUUGAGAGAAUCUUUUCAAAGGCAGUUGGCUGAAACUGCUCUGAACAGGAGACACCUGGAGGAGGAACGCAUGGCACAAUUACGCAGGACAUUGGAGCGUCAGACAGAGCAGGAAUUACAAAGGCUGCAUCAGACCUGGGAGGCAAAAUCUCUGGCUGCAGUUGGGGCAGCUUGUCAGGAGACUAGGAAGGAGAUAGAAAGAGACAGAGAGCAGGAAAUGCAGAAGAUGAAGGAAGCAGCACAGGAAGAAUUUAAACAGCAGCUACAGGAUGCUCUGUCAAAGCUUAUGCUGGAGGAAAAAAGACACAUGGAAGAACAGAAAGAAGUGAUUGAGCAAAAACAUACUGAAGAACUGCAGCUUUUACAAAAAAAGAUCUGCGAUUUACAGGAGCAACUAGAGGGUGUUGUUAAAGAAAAGAUGGAAUUUGAGUGUCAUUUUAAGGAGCUACAGCUGAAUUACAAGAGGUUUAUAGAUCUCACAGAGUCUUCUCUCCAUUCUGAUUACCUGCUACGCCUGAUUCGCCUGGGGGAACCGCCUGGCUAUGCACACCAUGCAGUCCAGACUGAUGAUGAACUCAUUUUCCCCCCUUUGGAGAGCAAUAAAAUAUAA